CAUGUCUCUAUACUCUUUCUACUUCAACAUUUCGAUGUGGGACUUUGAGAUUUUACUAGUAUUUCUUUAUAAUUCAUUUAUCAACAAAAUAUACACAAACAUGAUUACAGUAAAGACAGACAAAAGUUACGAGGUUAAUUAUCUGUUAUCUACGCUCGGGAACAAGACAAGUUGUGAAGAGGAUGACACUGAACCUUGUUGGAGUAACAGCCACAACCAUGGCUGUUCCUUCAUUGAUGUUGACAACAACUAGAAGAAAACCUAUAUGCUUGUGUGUUUCCUCAAGUUCAACCACCAUCAACACAGAAGACUUACGUUCUCAGCUUGAUCAACUUCAUUCCGAAGCACACAGCACAAGAACCAAAGCAAAUAGUGCUAGAUCGAGGCUAUUAAGGUUAUCAGAGUCAGCUGAGAAGCUUCAAAAGCAAGCAGCUAUAAGUAUCCAGAAGGGGGAUGAAGAUUAUGCAAGGGACACGCUUUUACAGAGGAAACAAGUGUUGCAGGCUUUGGAAAAGUCGAAAAUUCGCAUUGAGUUGCUCGACGAGCUUUCCGCGAAGCUAAGUGAGGCAAUAUCUUUGAAAGAAAGUCAGCUAGUUGGAAAUAUCACUAUGAACAUUGAAGACACAACGCAAGAUGAUUCAACUCCAGUUCGAAUCAUUGCUCCAAAGGAGGAAGUUCUAGAAGAUUCUCCCAACGAUGAUUCUGACUCUAAUAAGAAGAAGUUAAACGAUAUUCAAGAUGUGAAAAAUUCCUUGGAAAGUCAAGAGAAUCCACUGGAUGAUAAGGAGAUAGAUAGUCUUCUGAAAUCCCUUAGCACUGAUACAGGGAAUGGAAACAGCAUACCGAGUAGCUUGUCGAAAAUAUCCUCUUACGAGGACUUCAUGGAACAUAUAGAUCAAAAACUUAGUGAGAUUGAGACUGAACUAGUUUCUGUUUUGAAUGUCUCAGUUUUAGUAUUGGAUAGUGAAGAGAGACCAAAGAAUUUCAAGUGGCAGCAAACAACAGAACUCCUUGAGAGCAUUCAUAGCAUUAGACAGAGAAUCAGAAAAACCAAGGAAGCAAAAGUGAAGAUCUGAUCAAUUUUGCUUUGUUAUUGCUCAACAAAGCUUCUGCUACCAGGUGAAAACUAACUUGAGCCAUAGAAUAAUCUGAUAUAAUUUUCUCAUUGCCCGAAACGACUUUGUGGGAACAUGAAAGACACAUUUGAGGUGCUUAUUGUUAGUUGAGUAUGAUGCAAAGAAUUGUAGAUGUAUUGGUUCACUUCUAGUGGCCUAGUCCUUUAAACGUGCGAUCAUCUGUUUGGUCAUACAGGAUCAACCGAUAAUAUGUUACUAUAAUUGUUCCCAACUAAUUGUCCAAAAGCAUGCCUUCACAAAAUGAAAUGGAAAUGUAUUCAUAUUGCUACUAGACUACUUUAAUAUAUCACUAUCAGUGAAUUGUAACAAUAUUGUGAACUGUUCUUGAAUUUGAGAAGUCGUGUGCAUCGAUUCUGUUUAUGUAGAACAAGGCAUGUUAAUUUGGUCCUCUUAUGAAUAAAAUGAUUGGAUUGUUGUAAACUCA